AUGGGAGAAAUGAUUGUGUCCAUGGAGGAAGAUAUCCGGUUGGAUACAACACGAGCAAGAUUCUCAAGUCUUCUCAAGAGGCAUCGAGAAUUGACAGGCCGGCUUACUAGGGAUUCUGAUAAGAUGAUAUUUGAUCGGUUAAGCAAAGAAUUUGAAGCUGUACGGGCAUCCCAAAGUCAGGGUGGGUAUGUACAUACUCAUCCUUGUCUCUGUCUUAAUCAAAUGCUGUUUUCUCUCCUCUCCUCUGCAGAAAUCUGCUUAGAUGGGGAAGAGUGGAAUGAUGGUUUGUUGGCUACACUAAGGGAACGGGUGCAUAUGGAGGCUGACAGAAAGGCAGAUAGCGGUAAUUCAGGUUUUGCACUAGCUUCUCAUCCUGAUGAACGAGUUACUUACAGAGUGGGAAAUAAGGUGAUUUAUUGCUUGGAGGGAGCAAGAAUAGGAAUACAGUAUGAAACAUCUUUUGCAGGAGAAACUUACGACAUUUACCACUGUGUGAUUGAGAGCAAGUCGUUUUUGGAGAAGAUGACUGUACUUGAGCACACAAUUCCUUUCUUUCUGCCAGUACGUGACUUGGAAAAUGAUCUUCUUUGUUCGAGCGCUAAGAAAUUCAUCGAUAGUGUUGGGGAUCUGCUGCAAGCGUAUGUGGACAGGAGGGAACAGGUCCGGCUUAUCAAAGAGCUCUACGGAAAUCAGAUCAGGGAGCUUUAUCACAGUCUUCCUUACCACAUGGUUGAAUUUGCCAUGGAUGAUUGUGACUGCAAGGUGAUGGCGAGCCUGAGAUAUGGAGAUCUUCUGGGUGAACUUCCGACAAAAGUGAGAGUUCUAGCAUGGCCAUUGCAUCAGUGGAAGAGACAGUGUACGAGCCCUAGAUUAGGUAAGCUUGGAAGUCAAGCAAUCCCUGUGCGUUUAUCUUUUGCCGAGGAUGCAUUACGGAUCCAGUCACUACCUGAAGCAUAUGCAGAGAUCGUAGUAAACAUGCCACAAGAAAUUGAGCAAAUAUUCCUGCAGAGGAGUCCAAGCUAA